UCCCUCCCCUUCGUGGGCUGGCCUUAGGAGGAAGGGGAAGCUCUUCCACCCGAGACACCAGGAAGCUCCUCUUUUGGCAGAGCAGCCUCUUUGCAGACCCAGCCCUUCCUCGCCAUGGCAGAAGCAGACAUCGCCUUGAUCGGAUUGGCCGUCAUGGGCCAGAACUUGAUCCUGAACAUGAACGACCAUGGCUUCGUGGUCUGUGCGUUCAACAGGACCGUCUCCAAAGUUGAUGACUUUCUGGCGAACGAGGCCAAAGGGACGAAAGUGAUUGGGGCUCACUCUCUGCAAGAAAUGGUCUCCAAGCUGAAGAAACCCCGGCGGAUCAUCCUCCUGGUCAAGGCCGGGAGCGCGGUGGACGACUUCAUCAACAAACUGGUGCCUCUGCUGAGCAGUGGAGACAUCAUUAUCGACGGAGGGAAUUCGGAGUACAGGGACACCACGAGACGCUGCAAGGACCUCAAGCAGAAGGGCAUCUUGUUUGUGGGAAGCGGGGUCAGUGGUGGCGAAGAAGGGGCCCGGUACGGCCCUUCGCUGAUGCCGGGAGGAGCCAAGGAGGCCUGGCCGCACAUCAAGACGAUAUUCCAGAGCAUCGCUGCCAAAGUGGGGACCGGAGAACCCUGUUGUGAUUGGGUCGGGGAUGAAGGAUCCGGACACUUUGUGAAGAUGGUGCACAAUGGGAUCGAAUAUGGAGAUAUGCAAUUGAUUUGCGAGGCUUACCACCUCAUGAAAGAUGUGCUGGGUAUGGACCACGAUGAGAUGGCCAAGGUCUUUGAGGACUGGAAUAAGACCGAGCUGGACUCCUUCCUCAUUGAAAUCACUGCCAACAUCCUGAAGUUCCGGGAUGCCGAUGGGAAGCACCUGCUCCCCAAAAUCCGGGACAGCGCCGGGCAGAAGGGCACCGGGAAGUGGACGGCCAUCUCGGCCUUGGAGUACGGGGUCCCCGUCACUCUCAUUGGGGAGGCUGUCUUUGCCCGAUGCCUGUCUUCCCUCAAAGAGGAACGUGUCCAAGCGAGCAAAGUCUUGAGCGGGCCCAAAGCGAUGUCCUUCGGCGGAAAGAAGGCCACGUUUCUGGAGGACAUCCGCAAAGCCCUCUACGCCUCCAAGAUCAUUUCCUACACGCAGGGCUUCAUGCUACUCCGGCAAGCGGCCAAAGAGUUUGGGUGGUCGCUGAAUUACGGAGCCAUUGCCCUGAUGUGGAGGGGAGGCUGCAUCAUCCGAAGCGUGUUCCUGGGGAAGAUCAAAGAAGCUUUCGACCGGAACCCUGACCUCCAGAACCUGCUGUUGGACGGGUUCUUCAAGACGGCGGUGGAGGAUUGCCAGGACUCGUGGCGGCGUGCCAUCAGCACCGGGGUCCAGGUGGGCAUCCCCAUGCCUUGCUUCACCACGGCGCUUUCCUUCUACGACGGAUACAGGCACGGCACCCUGCCUGCUAACCUGAUCCAGGCGCAGCGGGAUUACUUUGGAGCCCACACCUACGAACUGCAGUCCAAACCGGGCGAAUUCAUCCACACCAAUUGGACUGGGCACGGUGGCAAUGUUUCUUCUUCAGCGUAUAAUGCCUAGGUUUUUUUGGGUGAAAGAACCCCAGAUCGGCGCGGAAAAAACACCGUAGAGCCGGCACAUUCCCACUCCUAGAUGUAAAUGCUUUGAUUAUUUUGGUUUUUCUAACGGCUAUACUUUAUGAGAGAGGCACAAUAAACAAUUUUAAAAGUCUAGUUUAAAA